CUCAUGCGCUGGGCAUACUUUGUUGCAUGUACGAACAGAAACACACAGAAGAACACCGGCGACCGAUUGACGAUUGUUGUAACUUGUAACAUUCGAAUCCCCAAAAUCCCACUCCACAUUUCUACUAAAACCCUAAAAUAUCAGUACUCCUUUUCUCUCUGGAUAAGUAUGGAUGAACAUGUUGUUCAAAAUGAUUGCGAUUUGCAGUUAUCCUCAUCUACUUUAGAAGGAAAUUUCAAUUAUGCACCUCAUUUAGGUGAAAGUAGUUUGUAUCAGCACAUAACUAAAGCAGAAGACUGUGAUAGCUACUCUGCUCCUCAAUGGAUUGGAUACCAGCAGAUGCCUCCAUACUAUGUUGAGUAUCUUGUAGGAAAUGGGAUCUCUGAUAUGCAAGGAGAAAUACCACAUGACACUAAUGGAAUCGGAUGCAGUUUUACAUCUGAAGAGUCUUUUCUCAGCAUGGAAGCCCAUCAGGUAAGACAAUCAAGGUGUCAACAUGAAGAAAUACUGGCGAACAAUUUCAGAAACACACAACAUCAAAUAUGCUAUCAGAAGCAAGGGCUAGAUACUGCUGCUCAACACAAGCCAAACAUGUCAGGCAUCACCACAUCACGCAGGACAUAUAUGAGACAGAAGGCCACUGAUGCAGAUCGUCGUCGCAGAACAAGGAUUGCAGCAUCACUAGAUGCAUUGGAGGAUUUGCUUCCACAGCCCAAAGAGGGAAACAAAACAAACAUAGUUGAUGACUGCAUAGAGUAUAUAAAGUAUUUGCAGCUUCAUAUGAAGGAAUUGAGUCAGAACAGAUUGGUAGGGGAACCAACUUCCAAUCACUUAACUUACCUUGAGGGAUAUGGUGCUUACCUUGUUGAUGAAAAGACUGCUACAGCUAGUGGACCACUGGAAGAGAUGCUUGGAAAUUUGAUGGAAACAAGUCCCUCUGCAGCAAUUAAGCUGCUAGAGAGUCGAGGUCUUUACAUGAUGCCUAUUAAUGCUCGCUCCUCCUAACUCCUAACUCCUAAUUCACCAUUUGAGAUUUCAACAAAACACCAAACAGCUGUUAUUUGUUAAUGUUCUCUCUAAAUUCUAAAACUAAAUCCUACUUGUCUUUUACUACUUUUAUCAUGCACUUCUUAUUCCA